AUGGCUACCAAACCUACACUCUCAACCGAACAGGUAACGGCGGCAAUGGACGCAAUGCUGGCCAGCGCUAAAGCGGACGCCCCCAACGAACCGGUGGCCAUGGCAAUUGUGGACGCCGGCGGUGAACUGGUCGCGUAUUUGACCAUGGACAACCUGCGGAUUUUCAGCCGCCGCCACGCGGUCCGCAAGGCCUACACCGCCGCUGUGAUGGGCCAGGAUUCCGGAGCUCAUGCGGCGCGCCUGGCCGAACAGGGCCGUGGCAUCGCCGACCUGGGCGACCCCCGGUUCACCCACGGUCAGGGUGGUUUGGUCAUCAUGCAGGACGGCGUGAUUCUGGGCGGCAUCGGCGUCGGCGGCUACCCCAGCGGCCAGCGCGAUGAGGACCUGUCCCGCGUGGGUCUGAACGCCAUGAAUGCGUAA